UUCGUUUAUGCUCACAUAUUUGUUUUGUAAUUGUUGAAGAAUUAUUUCAUUCACGUUUAAUUGCACACCACUUGUUCGACAAAAGUCCCCAUUGAUGAUUUUCUCGACAUGAAUGGUUUUUUAGUGUUUUUGUUUGCGUAGGAUUUAAUGAUAUGGUCAAUAAUGUAUUUAAAGUUGUAUAUGUUGACUGAUUUGAUAUGAAAAGUUAUACUGCUUGAGUGGGGUGUUUGAUUGACAUUGUGGUGUGGUGUGGAGAAAGAGAAGAUGGAGGGUGAGGAAGGAGGAGGUUUGAGGCUGAGCAAGAGAUUCUCUGAUGAUAAGGGUGGAGGAGAGGUUGAUUAUAAGACCAAAUCAGGCACUGCGUGGAGCCACAAUUUCCUCAACCAAAAACCAUGGCAUCCUCUCUCUUACCCCAACCAACGCCGCAAGUGGAUUGCUGAGCAAACACAUGCUGAGCGCCAACGCCGAACUGAAGAGGUUGCUCGUGAGUAUGCCCAGGAGCAAGAGUUUUAUCGCACAACAGCUCUCAUCUCCAAGAAGGACAAGGAAAAGGUGGAGCUUAUGCAAGCUGUUAGUUUUAUGUAUGUUCGUCCUCCUGGUUACAAUCCCGAAAGUGCCAAGGCUGCGGAGAUGAAUGAUGAGAAGAAAAGAGAAGACACCAUGAAUAAGGAGCCUCCACAAGCCAAUCCCGAUGGACCUUCCUCUUCAUUGCCGCCGCAGGGAGAGAAGAAAAAACCAAGGCCUAAAGAUGUUUUUGGUCGUGCUCUACCAACCGAAGAAGAAUUCGAAGUUCUUAAAAAUGCGCCAAGGCAUGAAACAGGAGUUGCUGCUAGGGCAAAACCUUUUGGAGUUGAAAUUCGCAAUGUUAAAUGUUUAAGAUGUGGGAACUAUGGUCACCAAAGUGGUGAUCGUGAAUGUCCCUUGAAGGACGCUAUAAUGCCAAGCGAGGAAAACAGAUUGAAAAGAGAUGACCCUUUGAAUGCUAUUCUUGCUCACACAGACCUUACUGAGCCUCUAAAAUGGGAGCUCAAGCAGAAGCCAGGAAUCAGCCCUCCGCGUGGAGGGUUUAAACCAGAUGACCCCAACCAGCAGAUAGUUGCCGAGGAGGACAUAUUUGAUGAAUAUGGAGGCUUUCUAAAUAUGGGCGACAUCCCUGAUUUAUUGACCAACUUAUCCAAAAAACCAAAAAAGUUCAAAAAGAAGAAGCACAAAAAGCAGCAGCUAGUACAUUCAGAAAGCGAAGCAUCUUCUGAUGAUGGAGAGAGUAGAUCUAAGAAGAAAAAGGUUAAGGCAAACAAAAAGAAGCGAGAUUAUAAAAGGCCAGGUUCAUCAGACUCUUUUGUCGCUGAAAAAGAUCAUGGGAAGAGCAGACACAAGAAUUCAGAAGAUUCUGACAGUGACAGAAAUGAUCGAAGUCGAAGGACUAAACGAGAGCAUUCACUUUCGCCCAAAGGUUAUGAUCAUCCUAGGCACAGUAGGAGUAAACAUGGUAAACGGAGGCAUUCGUCUUCAUCUGAGGAGUCUGGUCCUGAUGGUUACAAUGGAAAUUACAAGAGUAGUGAUAAGCAUUCAUAUUCAUCUGAAGAUUCUGACAGUGACAGGGAUGAUGAUCAAGGUAGAAAGAAUGCACAAAAGCAUAAGAGGAAACAUAGCAGAAAAGAAAAUUCUUAUGCUAAUGAGAAGGAUUCUGGUCCUUCCGAUUAUCAUGUAAAACACAAGAGCAGAAAUGAGCAUUCAUAUAAAUCAGAUAAUCCUAAUCGUCAACGGCAGCUCGAGGAUAAAAAGAGUAGCCAUAAGUAUUCAUCAACAACCCAUUCCGAUUCUCAAAGGCAUCACAUAAGUUUUAGUCAUGAUCGGUACCAUGCAUAUUCUUCUGAUGAUUUUGAUGUUGAAAAGGAUGGUCGAAGUAGAAGGAUAGAAGAAAAACUUCGUGGUACACCUGAGGGUAGUGAACAUCACGAGCAUGAUAUGAGCAAACAGAACAAAAGAAAGCAUUCAUCUCAUAGAAGUGAAAAAAGUUCUGAUCAUUGUGAAAAACAUCAUAAACUGAAAAGAAGCAGCCACAAGUAUUGAAUAGCUCAUUUCAACUCCAAUGAACAUCAAACAAAUUGUAAGAGAAGGUACAAAGUUUCACAAACUUUCAUCAGAAGUCUUCCCAAAGGUUGUCAAAAUAUUUAACACCGUUUUCGUAAUUAUAGUCACCGUGUUCAUCAACCUGUCAUAUGAAGUUGUUUGCUGUAUUAAAUAGGAAGCAAAAUUUUAGUGCGCAAUGAAUCUGUUGUAUCCAACGAGACUCUCUUCAAUCAACAAGUAACUAAAUUACUUUCUCUAA